CAUUAAAAACAAAGAAGAAGAAGAAGCACUUCCCCCCAUGUUGCAAUCGAGUGUAAGCAGUUUUGAAUGUAACGUAUUCGCCAUAGUUCUCUGUUUUUAACAUCUUUCUGAUCAUUGAGAAGACUCUCAGCUACAAUGGACGACCGUGAGCUAGACCUAACAGAGGAGCAGAAAGCUACCAAGUCAAAGUACCCGCCAAUAAACAAGAAAUAUGAAUACCUGGAUCAUACAGCAGAUGUUCAAAUCCACUCCUGGGGAGAGUCUCUGGAGGAAGCAUUUGAGCAGUGUGCUAUGGGCAUGUUCGGCUACAUGACCGACACAGAGACUGUGGAACCGAUUGACACUGUUGAAGUGGAGUCAGAGGGAGAUGACAUGGAGUCUCUUCUUUUCCACUUCCUAGAUGACUGGUUAUUUAAGUUUUGUGCAGAUCUCUUCUUUGUUCCCAGAGAAGUCAAGGUUGUACACAUUGACAGAAUGCAUUUUAAGAUUCGAUCCAUUGGUUGGGGUGAAGAAUUCUCUCUUGCCAAACAUCCACAGGGGACUGAGGUGAAAGCCAUCACUUACUCAGCAAUGCAGAUCCAUGAUAAAGAAAAGCCAGAGAUAUUUGUCAUUGUUGAUAUCUGACGAUAACUCCAAAGGCAGACCACACUCCAGGUUCAAUGAACUUGAUCACUUUGUAUUUAAAAGGCACUGAUUAUUGAUUUAUCAGAUCAGAUUUUGUACUCGAAAAGUUUUUUCACAGAUACAUUUCCCCCUAAUUCUAGGGACUAUUGGUGGCACACUACAACAGAACAGAUAUGUGAGAGAUUGCAGAGUAAUGAUCUGAUGUUUUCACAGAUUCUAAUAUUUCAGAAAAAAUAAAUAAAACCUACAGUGAUUACAAUGGUAUAUGCAACAUAAUGACAUGGGAAAAGUAAAGAUUAUGUACUUAA